AUGAAUAUAAUGCCAAACGGGUUGGUUUCCAUGGUGCCCAAUCUUCAAAUGUUGACUCUCCACAGAAAUAACUUUAAGCAAGUCGAACACUUUGCGAAGCUACCAAGCUUGACUUAUUUUAACAUCAGUUCGAAUCAACUGAUGUCACUACACGAUGAGAUGUUCUAUGAACUGCCAAACCUCACAUUUAUUGACCUGUCGUCAAAUAAACUAUCCAGGCUAUCAGCCAAUUUGUUGCGGAUGAACAAGAACCUGAACAACUUUCUCGCAGAUAAUCAGAAUGGUUCCGGACUUGUACUAGAAGAUAAACUGUUCGCCGAUCUAAGGAGGCUUAUAAAAGUGUCUGUAUCCAACUGUAAAAUAACAACGCUACCGGAAUGUCUCUUCGCUGGAGCCACCGGGAUAACAUUUAUCGACUUCAGCAGCAACAAGCUGCAAAGCCUUCCAGAACAUUUGUUUCGUGGUUUGUCCAACUUGCGGUGGCUUUAUUUACAGAACAACGAGCUAAUGAGAAUGCUACCAGACACCCUGCUGGAGGAUGUAAUCAAUUUGCGUGUUCUUCACCUUUGCUAUAACAAACUAACCAUGCUGAACAGACAUCUACUGAAAAAUCUAACGCAUUUGGAAAAGUUACAUCUCGAACAUAACCAGCUACAUAUGAUCGAUGUGGAUGCGUUCACGUCUCAGACAGAGUCUCUAAUAACGCUCAAUCUCAGUCUUAACAGCAUUACGCUAAAUGAAGAUAACAGAGAUGUAUUCUACAGCAAUGAGGCAAUCAACAUCACGUCCGGUAUUAUUUUCAACACUUUGAACAAAGUUCAGGUCCUGGAUCUUUCGUAUAAUGCAAUCGUAAAAAUAUUAGAUCCUUUUAAAAAUUUUAUGGAAGGUCUUCGAACGCUCGACCUGUCCCACAAUUUGAUUUCACACAUAGAAUAUAAAGACUUGCUAUUUCCAUCACCCAAUAUCGAUCAAGUAAAUUUGGAGUCAAACAAGAUUACCCAUUUCGGCUUCGACCGUAGCCGGAUUGAAACGCACCAUCGCUUACCGAGGGAAAUUCUUCUAGCUGAUAAUCCACUCAACUGUGACUGCAUGUCCUACCCGCUAGUUACAUAUCUGAAAGCGAUAUCAUACGCCAGUAAAUCCGUCCUGCUAAAGGGUCUUGAAUGCACUCAGCCGUCCAAACUGUUUGGACUCCAACCGCAAGACGUGCAACUAGAAGAUUUGGUUUGCGAAAUUGAUACCUUCACGGAAUUCUGUCCGGCCGAGUGUAAAUGCUACAAACGGGCCGUAGAUCAAUGUGCCAUUGUGAACUGUAACGCAGCGAACCUUACCCGUGUGCCCGUCAUCCACAGCCCCUCUAACAUCGGGUGCAAUUUUAUUGAGCUGCAUCUUGCACAGAACAAACUGCAUCAUCUAUCCAACGCGGGCGAGGGAUGGAAUUUCGUUCGAUGGCUUAACGUAUCAAACAACAGCCUUAUUACACUGUCUGCAGAAAGUCUACCCGAAAUGCUUGAGCUGCUCGAUGUCUCUGGCAAUCAAUUAACCGAGAUCGAUGCCGCCUUCAUAGUCAAAUUAAAUCAAUCCACCCUGCAUAACAUCAGCCUUGCGUUGAAUCCAUGGAAUUGUUAUUGUGAAAAUCAACUGCUUACCUUUGUAGUCGAUAAUGUAGCGCGCAUAACCGAUUAUUAUACCCUCCAGUGUAUCGACGGUAGACCGAUCAACCUGGCUACUUUGAAAGAGCUGUGUCGUACGAUAACUUUGUCUCGUUUGUAUAUCAGCGUGGCAAUUUCAAUGGCGUCCGUUGGCUGUUUACUCUGCAUAUGGCUGUAUGCAAAAUUCAACUUGGCGAUCAAAGUGUGGCUCUUCAAGCAUAACUUGCUACAGUGGUUUGCCACAGAGGAACAAAUUGAUACGAAUAAGAGGUACGACGCAUUCAUCUCGUACUCGCACAAGGAUGAGGAUUUCGUCUCGAAGGAACUGUUGCCGAGGCUUGAGAGCGAAGAGCUCAACUUCAAAAUCUGCUGGCACGUGCGUGACUUUAUACCGGGGGAGAUGAUCGCCAACGAGCUGUUAUGUUACUACUUCCAGAUAACGAAAGCUGUUGAAGACUCGCGUCGUACAAUUAUUAUCCUCUCGCUCAAUUAUAUCGAGUCCAUGUGGGGCCAAAUGGAAUUCAGCACGGCGUACUUACAGUCGUUGGUAGACAAGCACAACCGCGUUAUUCCCAUCAUUUAUCAAGACAUUGGAGAUAUUGAUCAACUCAAUCCACAGCUCCGGGCGUACCUCAAGACCAACACGUAUGUCCGCUGGGACGAUCCGUGGUUCUGGGAUAAGCUGCACUACGCCAUGCCCCGUAAGCGUAGGCCGAAGAAUGUGCAGACAAUCGAAAACAUGCACAUGGCUUCAGUGGAUAAAUAAAAUUUGCCGAAAGUACUAUGAUGCCUCCAAUCAAAUACGCCGUGGCUGUAAAAAGGCGUUGCAAAAGGGUGUCUACUGGCUAGCUAUGUUGUCCUUGUCUGAAUGUUCACGAUGUCGCCAUUAAUCAUCAGUAAUGGCAUAUCCAGCUAAAGUUGGAAGUCAAUAGUGGAACGCGUAAGAACGCUGACGGCAAACUUUGAGGAAUUGAAAUUUCAUUUCUUUUGGUGUACGAUAAGCCAUAUUUUGAUGAAUGUUUAAUGCAAUAAGCAAACAAACCAAAAUUUCACAUCAAUUUUCACUCAAGCUUAAAAUAAAGAAUUGAUCAUGCAAUUGGCAUGUCAUUUACAGCACUAGGAGCGUUGGAUUUAAGUAGUGAUAAGCGUAAAGUGUAGUAUAAAAUCUUAUUAUUAAUUGUAAAUAAUUUAUAA